CUCCCUAUUCCUUCCCUUCCACGCCACUUUAGCUUUAAAAUCAAAAGUAAAAUAAAUCAAUUAAUGAAGUCUCAGUUACUGCUUCUUCCCUAACUUUAAAAUUAAUCUCUCACUGUAAAUGUAACGUUUAUUUACAGAUAUAUAAAAAGCUUUAUAUAAAAUUAAUUGUUGAUAUUCCUCCAUUGGAUCCAAAAUCCUGAAUUAUCUGGAUUAGGGCAAUUCCACUGUUUUCUUCGUUUCUUCAAUGUUCGUAUAUUUUGAAGAAAUCGAGCGAGAUCAACAAUGGCUACCGUUUCUACAGCUCGAAGCUCCGCUUAUCUCACAGCUCUUACCCAAGAGAUUGAAAAGAAGCUUCAACGUGCAUUGACUUCGCCGUCGCUGAGGCGUAAUUUGUUGCAAGAGCUGUUCGCUGAUAUAGCUUUGGAAGUUGAUGAUCGAGCAAAAGAGAUAAUACUCAGCAGCGAGGAUACUAUUAUGGCUGCAGAGGAACUGGCUGAAGGACCGACAUGCUACUACUAUGUGCUUGCUGAUCAUUUUGUUCGUGUACCUCAGAACGGAAAACCGAUCCUUGAUCUGAUUGUCCAACUGUGGAGUCAAUCUUUCGCUUCAAAUACUUUUGCACUCCUUUUCCAUAAGUGGUUGUUUGAGGUUCAACUUGAAAAUUCUGAAGUCCUCCUCCGCUACUCAUCAGCUCUUGUUCAAGGAGCUACAAAUGUAUUCUGGAUCGACAUCCAAACAAACACAAGGCGUUUCCAGAGUCUUUUUCUGUAUCUGCUUGAGGAAGUUGCCCUUGUUCCGGAUCGAUUAAAGAAGAUCCCGUUGCAGGCCCAAAGAGAUUUAUUUCUCCUCCUUUCAAGGUUCAUAUUCUUAUAUAACCAAGCUGACAGGCUAGGAAGUUUUUUAAGGCAGUUUCCUGAUUUUCCAAAUGCUUUCUUGAUUGGUGGUCCAGCGGAUAUAUUUGUAACUGAACUAGCUGAUCAGCUUCAAAAACUAAAAGUGGAGCCAGUAUUGUUGCAUUACCUCUCCCAAUUGAAAGUCCUUCAAGGAUUAGAGUUGAGAAUGGCUACCAGUACAAGAUUGAAAACUUGCUUGUAUAGUUUCACAUCACCAGGUGCUCCCAUGUACCCAACAAGAGCUGUUCGCCAUGCAGCAUGGGAUGCAUUAGAUUUGCUAUAUCCUGUUGGACGAUACCCUCGACAUAUCAUAAGUCUCUUUUUCCGAUUGCUAUAUCCUUGGUAUUGGCCUUCUUCAUUUUGGAAUUUUAUAAAGUCAUGCAUACUGGCUAUAUUUUAUUCUCUUUUGAGGUUAAUAUUUUCAAGUUGGGAUAAAGUGAGGAGACCAAAGGAGCAAUGAUGUCGCACCAAUUGUUCUACAUCUAGCUGGUGUGGAGUAGUGUUGUGUUGUAUGUUUUGGCCAGAAAUUGGGUCACUGAUGUAUCAAAGCUUUUUUCCUGCAUGUAAUUAGGACGUUUGGGGGAUUAAUGUUUUCAACGGUGGCGAUGGUGUAAAUUUACGGAAGUCAUGAUUAUUCUCUAUUUCCCUACUGUAGCGAAUAUGUUACUUCCUUGCAA